AUGCCUGCCCUCGCCCCCCGCUGCGCCGUGCCCCCCACGUCUCCUGCGCAUACCGCACGCACAUCUCACGCACAGCACACCCAGCCCCCCCAUGUCGCCCUUCCAGCUCAAGCCCAUCGUCCGCGGCUACUAGCUUCUUUCUCAGACGCCCAACUGCCUGCCACUACCACUACCACAACCACAACCACAACCACUAUAUCCGCUACAUCCGCUACAGCCACAGCCACUACAUCAGCUACCAAUAGUACCACACCAACACCUAAAAAGACUUUGCCGCCGGCAUCUACAGCAACAAGAGGCCGUGGUAGAUCACGCCGGCACGUGACGCCAUCCUCAACAGCUCAAUCAACAGCACAAUCAACCGCACAAUCAACAACACUGGAUAAUAAUAAUUGGAUCAGAAGUGCCUCUACUUCCAAUUUGCUACGGUUUAAGAAAAAUUCCACCAUUAUGCCGUCGCACAGUACUGCUAAUAGUAAUGGUUAUACGGUUGCGGCGGCAGCCAUCGGUAAGAGCGUUUCGCCCGUGCUUAGAUCUCCGAUCAAGAACGCCACUGUAAAGCCAAAGACUAAUGCAGGUGCAAGUACCAGUGCGAACGCCAGUGCGAACGCCAGUGCAAGCGCAAAUGCAACCUCUAACGAAGAACAUUCAAACAUCUGUCUCGACCUUCUUCCCUCGUUCGAAAUGUACAACACUCUACACAGACACAUUCCUCAAGGUAACUUGGACCCUGAGAGACACGAUUUCCCUCCGGAUUACCAAAGUGCCACCAACGAAUCAAACAUCUCUCAACAUGAAUCUUCAGGUCUAAUCACCAAUUCAAUCUCUCCAACACCUGUCAUCCCAUCUACCGGCAUUUCCUCUAACCUCUCCACUUUCAACACUCACCAAGUCCCCUUUGAAGAUGAUUUGAAUGAUUCAGAUAACAUCUUCAUCGAUAAAUUAUAUACUUUACCCAGAUUAUCCACUCCUAUUGAAAUAGACAUCCGUUUAACCAAAUACGCUACAAAACCCCAUGAAAAACCUCAAGAUGAAUCUCUUUUAAAAGAAUACACUUCAGGCGAUUUGAUCCAUGGGUAUUGUGUCAUUCAAAAUAAAUCGAAAAAACCAAUCAAAUUCGAAAUGUUUUAUGUCACCUUAGAAGCCUAUACUUCUAUCAUCGACCGUUCCAUCGGCAAACGUACCAUCAAACGGUUUCUUCGCAUGGUCGAUUUAUCAGCAAGUUGGUCCUAUGGUAAUAUGGUUUUAUCUUCCGGUUACAACAUCGUCGCGGGUGAUAUCGAUUAUGAUGAUUGUGUUAUCGGGUUACCCAAUAAUAGAAUCUUGGAACCAGGGAAAAAAUAUAAAAAAUUCUUUAUGUUUAAAUUGCCGAAUCAAUUGUUGGACAUCACCUGCAAACAAGAACAAUUCUCUCAUUGUCUAUUACCUCCAAGUUUUGGCAUCGAUAAAUUCAGAGAUAAUGGGAAAUAUUCUCAAAUUAAAGUUAAUAAUGUCCUAGGUUGUGGUCAUAUGGGUGUUAAAGGUUCACCCAUCUUGACUGAAGAUUUAUGUGAUGAAAACGUCUCAAUCAAUUAUACCGUGGAUGCAAGAAUUGUCGGUAAGGAUAAAGAUGCUUCUGCUCGUUUACAAAAAGGUUUGAAAUUGAAUAUUUUGAAAGAAUGUGUUUAUCAUUUACGUGUCAUCCCAUUUGGGUUCCAAAACAAUAUCAUCUACGGAGAAAGACCUUCAUACUCUCAAUUGAAAGAUAUAAUCUCUCUAGUACAAGAUAGAAUCAAUGCCCUACAAAACAUCUUUAAAAGAUUGGAAAAUAAUGAACCAAUUAGAAAUUGCGAUAUCCAUUCCACUGAUCUAUUAGAUACCAUCGAAGAUGAUCAAUUGACCAUUUUGAAUUCCAAUAACGGUAGAAUCGAUCCCGUAAACAAUUCGCCUUUGACUUCCCAUGAGAUUUUGCGUAGAAAAGUCCAUCAACUUUAUAGAAGCAAUAGAUUGGAGUCUUCUUCCACUUCCACUUCUAGUGAAGAUCCUAUCCCGCUAAGCACUUGCAAUUUCGAUAACUCAUACCUCCCAAAGAUCCUCUAUUCAAACAGAUCUCCAACAGACAACUCAAACAUUGUCGAGACCGAAUUAAGCUAUCAAUUGAAAAACAAAUCUUCCACAAGUAUUUUUGCCAAUUUCUUAGGCUCUUCAUCUUCCAUAACUUCUUCUCCAACAAUUUCUCCCCCACCAACUUCAUCCACAUCUUUCACAAAUUUAAACACUCUAUCAAAACAUCCUGUUGUUACACCGAAUGUUCCAUCCCCUGCACCACAGAGACCAGGUUUAUCUGCAUCCAAAUCAUAUUCUACCGCCACUAGUUCUUCCAAUGUGGGCCCCACACCAGGUCCCUCUUCAUCAUCACCUGCAUCUUCAAUAAACAAUAAAUCUGGUCUCAUCGUUCUUUCUGCAGUUAUACCCAAGAAAUCAUUACCUUACAAAUCUCCAUCCAUUAUUAGAAAGACAAAUAAAUUAGAAAACAAAAGCAAACAAGACCAAGAAAAUUGGCAUAGAUUGAUGAGCAUUGAAAAUUCCUCUACAAAUCCUUGUGAUCCAACCUCUACCAUGCCUCUCGAGAAAUUGGAUAUUGAAUUAACUUGUAUUCAAUCUAAUAAUUCUAUCCCACAUUUACCUCCACAAAUCCAAUUUGUAACCACUGAAUUGAUUUGUAUCACUACAAAAUCUGAUAAUUCCAUUCCUGUGAAAUUCACUCCCGAUAUUCUAUUAAACAAUGAAAAAAUCUCUACUAUAAAAUUAACUUUUAAAAAAUUUUUAAAAUUGAUUAAAAAAUAUGAAAAAAAAUUCACUGAGAAUUAUCCUAAAUUGAAUGAAUUGUACAAUUUAAAUAGAAGACAAGCUCUUCCAAAGAGAGAAUUGUCAUUCACUGAUUUCAUUCCGAUCCAAAUCUUGAAUGAUAUUAAAGCUUUGGUCAACUUAUCCAUCAAGAUAGACUCCUUAAACUUAAUCUUUAAAAAGCAAAUCCAUACUUUAAAGGCAGAGACCCCUACUCAAUCCACUUCAUCAUCUUCCAAUUCCGACCAUAUCUCUUCUACAUCUAUGAAUCAAUCAAUUUCUAAUCCAAUCUCUCCAUCACCUUCUUCAUUUUUACCAUUCACUUCUUCUUCACCUUCAUAUGCAUCUACAAAAUCAGUCAAUUUUAAAAAUCAAAUCACUCAUGAAUGGAUUAAAAAAUCAGCAUCUCUUUAUUCAAGAACGAUCAAUGUCAAUUUACAAUAUGAAAAGGAUUUUAAUGAAACUUUGAUUCCAAAUUUCGAAAGUUGUUUAUGUGGAAGGUAUUAUUGUGUUAGAGUCACUAUAAAAUUUGAUAAUCAUGUAGGUACUGCAAGUAUUGAUAUUCCAGUGAGUGUUAAAAAGACCCAACCAUAA